UGAAAAAACCCUAUGAAACAAACAUAAAAUAAAAAACUUUAAACCCUGACGAACAGAACUGAGCUCGGUUUGAAGACAUGUCUAACAUGGAAGCUGAUGUUGCCGAAAUCCGCGGCUACGAGCUCCGCCUCAUCCGCUGCACACUCUCUCCUUCUCCGGCGACACCAUUGAAUCCCGUAUCUCAAAACGAAUUCACAGAUGACCUCGUCAACAAGCUCCUGGACUCAAUCGAGUCUGGCAAUUAUGCUGAAGCACUCACCUCCCAAUCCUGCAGACUUAUCUUUCAACUCAGCUCCAACUUUCCGCCACCGAUUUCCGCCGACACUUUCUACUCCGAGUUGGUCGACCGCGCCGAGUCUUUUAUAACUGAUGUCUCAGUUAGCCCCGUCGAACAGGCUCGAAGAUCCACCCUCGUGUUGUGUAUUGCCGUUGCUGCGUUUCUAGGGUUCACUCAAUGUAAUUUCACAGGGCCAUUGAAGGAGAAAGUGCUACCGAGAUUCCCUCUGCCUCUGGUUGAAUUUGAAUGUGCAGAAUGGGACAUUUGGGCGCGUAAUUAUCUUAUGUCUGAUGGUUCUGAUUUGCUUGGGAAGUUCUCCAAUCUUCAGUAUAUUGUUUUUGCUAAGAUGUUGCUCAUGAGGAUGAAAGAUUUAUCAGUUGAUAUUAGAAGCCUUACUUGGUGGCUUGGAAGGGUUUUGCUUCUUGAACAAAGAAUUUUGGAUGAACGGUCUUCUACCCUUUUUGAUCUCUUGCAUGCUUAUAUGGGUGAAGCCUUACAACAAUUUGGCACUUCAGAACAAGUUCAGAGCUAUUGGAAAGUUGGUUUGCUUGACGGAGAGAGCUUGGCAAUUGUCUCCUUGCUUCAUUUAGAGGCUGGAAUUAUGGAAUAUGUAUAUGGACGAGUUGAUCCUUGUAGGACACGUUUUGAGUCAGCUGAGAUGGCAGCUGGGCUUCAGCUAUCAGUGACUGGAGCACUUGGUUUCCGUACCAUACAUCAGGUUGAACCAAAGGCACAGAUGGUACUUGUUGCAUGCUCAAAUUCGUCAAACAGCGAGGACAACCGCUCCUUAACAGGAACUGGCAUCCAAGCAUGUGAUGGAAGCAAUGGUGGAAAUAAUUUACGUCAGCAUCAAGCAUCUGAAGCAUCUGACAUACUUGUAAUACCAAAGCUGUUAGAAAACACUGAUGACUCUAAGUCUAGGUCACAAGGCAUGGAAAAUGGUGCUGCUGUCACUUCCAACUUGACAGCAACACAGCAGGCUGUAGUUCUAGCACAUUGCCUUCUAAUUGAGAAGAGUUCCCGACACGAUGAAUUGCAACGAUGGGAUAUGGCUCCUUACAUUGAGGCAAUUGAUUCCCAGCAGUUCUCUUACUUCAUUAUACGAUGCUUCUGCGAUAUCUUGCGUAUUAGAUGGGAGUCAUUGCGUAGUCGAACGAAGGAGCGUGCAUUACUGAUGAUGGAUAACUUAGUGAAGCAUAUAUAUGAAUCUUCUCCAGAAAUUGCAGAAAGAAUUCCUUUUAGUUAUGGUGUUUAUAUGGCUAGUAUUCCUGCUUUGAGAAAGGAAUAUGGUGAACUUUUGGUACGUUGUGGCUUGAUAGGGGAGGCAAUAAAGGAGUUUGAUGAUUUAGAAUUAUGGGACAAUCUUAUACACUGCUACAGUCUCUUGGAGAAGAAAGCAUUAGCUGUUGAUCUCAUAAAGAAGCGUCUUUUAGAAAGGCCAAAUGACCCCAGGUUAUGGUGCUCAUUGGGUGACAUAUCCAUUGAUGAUGCUUGCUAUAAAAAAGCUCUGGAAGUUUCAAACAAUAGGUCUGCUAGAGCUAAGCGCUCUCUGGCCCGCAGUGCAUACAAUAGAGGAGACUACGAGACGUCUAAAACUUUAUGGGAGUCUGCAAUGUCAAUGAACUCUAUGUAUCCAGAUGGUUGGUUUGCAUUUGGGGCUGCUGCAUUGAAGGCACGGGAUGUUGACAAGGCUCUAGAUGCAUUUACUCGUGCUGUUCAGCUCGAUCCCGAAAAUGGGGAAGCUUGGAAUAACAUAGCUUGCUUACAUUUGAUAAAGAAAAAGAGCAAGGAGGCCUUUAUUGCAUUUAAAGAAGCACUGAAGUUCAAACGAAACAGCUGGCAACUAUGGGAGAAUUACAGCCAUGUUGCUGUUGACGUUGGUAAUAUCAGUCAGGCACUGGAAGGCGCUCAGAUGGUUUUGAACAUGACUAAAAAUAAAAGAAUAGAUACAGUUUUAUUGGAACGAAUCACAAAUGAGGUGGAAAAGCGGCUUUCUACAAGUAAUUUUGUACCUCCUGUGACAACUGAUAAUAAGGCUAACACAGAUCAAAUCUGUACGGUUGAUUCUGGAUCAGAACCUCAAGAGCAAGUAUCUGGACUACAUGUUGCAGGAAGUACGCGUGAAACUGAACAAUUAAUAUCAUUGCUUGGGAACGUUUUACAGCAGAUAGUUAAAAACGGGAGUGGAUAUGGACCUGAUAUCUGGGGCUUAUAUUCCAAAUGGCACAGAAUUAAGGGAGAUCUCACGAUGUGUUCUGAAGCCCUCUUAAAGCAAGUUCGAUCACUCCAGGGUUCCGAUACAUGGAAUUACCGAGAUCGCUUCCAAAAGUUUGCAAAAGCAUCUUUGGAACUCUGCAAGGUGUACAUGGAAAUAUCUGCAUCGACUGGAAGUAUGAAAGAAUUGUUUACAGCUGAGAUGCACUUGAAGAAUAUUUGCAGACAGGGUCAGAGCUUCUCCGACACAGAAGAAUUCAAAAAUAUUCAGGCUUGUCUUGAUGAAGUGAAAAUUAAACUCCAAUCCAAUGCCUAGCUAUAAAUCUUGUUAAAAGGUAGCAUUUUGGACUAGUUAGUGAGUUCAACCGAAGUUUUGACCUGAAGUUCGCACACCACAUCUGAUUCUCCUCCCUGUAACUUGUGGUGGUGUAAGGUUCAAUCUGAAGUCAUCAUAGUGAAUUCAAUCCAAGUUUUGAGCUGAAGUUAUAUUAAGAAUGGCUUUGUAUCUCUUUGUAUCUCUAUUGUUUAUGUAUUCUUUAGUUAGUGCAACUUUUUUGCUAGAGCCAUAGCAAAAAAUUAGGCUGUAUUUUAGUGAUAUGAUUUUGGUCAACUCAUUUAGAAUUAUUGUAAAAUUUAUAGAAAUUUGUGUAACACUUUAAGUUAUAGAUAUCUAUCAGUUUAAAUUAGUUUUACACUAACAUCUGCUCCCACCAUUUCUUUUAAUUGACACAUUUACACCAAUGUGUUUCAAUUUAUUUGGUUUUUCAAUGUUCAGUAACUUAAUUACAGAGAGAGCCACUGAAUUUACAUAGCUGAUAUUUACCUCUUCUGUGUUCUGUCUACUCUCUCAUCUCAUAAAGGUUGUGUGUGGGCAUUUGGCAAUGACUCUUUGGAGCCUAUGCUGGAAAAGGAACCACAUUAUGGAGGAAAACAUCUUUCGCAAUGACUUUUUCAUCAUAAUUUAUAAUGUUUGUUAACUAAAUUUAAUGGAAGUUGAGUGAUUUUAUCACAUAUAUAUAUUAUUUUGAAGAAGUAAAUUAUAUAUUAGAGUUAAGUAUGUGUCCUUACAAACAUCUAAAAUUUUGCUUUUAAUCUCUAAAAAUUUUCAGUAAGUUUUGAUACCAAAAGUUUUGCUUCUCGAAUUUUGAUUCUCAUUGUUAACUUUGUCAAACACAAGUUGUUACAUCGACGUGACUUUCAUAUUAUUUAAUCGAUAUCACGCAUAAAAAGUACUAUAAUUCAAAGAAAAUACCUUCAACUUUUGUUUGUAUUCCUUAGAGAAAUGAGUACAAUGUUCUGGACCCAAAAAAAAAACUCAAAUGGUUGAAAUAUAAUGUCUCAAAUCCACUUCAUUCGAUCUAAGGUAUAUAACUAAUUCAAGCAAAAGGCAAAAUAUAUUAAUUGAUCUUUAUUUUUCAAUACACUCAAUUUGAAGUGUUAAUCUUGGAUAUCAACCACCAGUUCAGAAUUCCUCCUCAUCUACUUCAACUAUUUCUGAUUCUAGUACAGAACAAUGACGCAGUCUGUCGGAAUCGACUUCCGAUUUCCGUGAAUUUCCAUCAUCAAAUCAAUCUCAGUCUGAAAUCAGAUUGGUACCAACAAUAGAAAAUGUAUAUGCGAUAACUCUGAUAGCUAUGCCGAAGGUCCUGGAUUCGUCUCCCAGAUCAAUCGUUCACCAGAUAUGACUAAUCAACAUUUUGCACAAUACCGCAUCAUCCAUCACAUGUCAUUCUCCAGGAUGCUUCCUGCUCACGAUGGAUACUGGAGUUCUAGAUCGUGAAAAGGUCAAUGGGAUUCUAAACUUCGAUCUGCAUUUGGUCAUUGCAAUCACUAUCGUUGAUCGAAACCUAAAAGGAUUUUUCAUACGAAAGUUCGUGCAACAUCCUCUAUGCAGACACAUUGGAAUUGUUACGCAUCCAGCAAGCAGAUCUGAAUCCGUAUAACAGAGGAUAUUUGUUAGCUUUCAACGAUUCAAUAUCUCAUCCUCAAGGAACUAAAGAUAUAACAAUAGCUAUUGGAGAAUAAAUACACGAGAGGAAGGUGGUUUAUUUUGAAGCACAAGUAAAAAUGGAAGAAAAGGAGGUGCAAAAAGGAGAGAAAAUGAACCAAAUGUCAAAGCCCAGCCCAAAGCACAAAACGCAGGUGCCGUGCAUGUGACGGACGUCACAGAGGGCGUGACGAGCGUCACGCCUUGCACCCUCCUGUGACGGACGUCACACAUGGUGUGACGAACGUCACACCAUUCCCCUACAUUUUUGGCGCAAGGAACGCCUCAGAGACGUUGAGCGUUGAAGGAGUGUUGAGCCCUAUAUCCACGCCAUGCUUUUAUGCACGUUGAAGAUCUUUUUGGCAGCGGAAGCGGUUACUCAAGCAUAUAUAAAUAGCCACUUGCAAAACCAAAAAGGGGGUCCGAAGCUUUUCCACAUUUUUUCCUUUGCCGUUUUCGCUUUUGCACAUUUUCUUUUCCAGCAACUUAAGUAGUAUUGUUUCUUUAUUAUUUUUACGAGUUCUACACUAUCUCCCUUGCAAUUUCUAUUUUCCUUUUUCCUUUUUAGCAUUUAGUUAAUUCUUUUCGCACAAUAGUUUCUACACCGGAAACUAUUGUGCACCUUUUUACCGGAUCUAACCUUACGUUAGAAUCUAGCUUUAUUUCCUUCGUUUUAAUUUGUUGUUUAAUUGAAGAAUCCAAGAACAAAUCCUACCGGCUUGUGGUGGAGUGUUCAAGACUAUUGUUUAACUCAUUCAGGUUCUUUAAUUAUUAUUUAAUGCUUUGUUUUA